AUGGAACAUCCCUCAAAACGACAAAAACUAUCCCGAGUACAAGCGCCCUAUCGCCGUGCUUUUGACGCGGGAAAAUUGCCGAAUGCGAAGGACGCCGCUGUGUUUGAAAGACCACUGUCGAAGAAAGGCUCAGAACCGCCCGUUGAACAUCGGCGCGAGCCCUUGCCUUUGCGCGAGAUGAAGGGACAUAGAGUGGUUGGGGACAUGCAUCGGAAGAUGCAUCACCGGCGACAGGUCGUUCUACCUUCAGAGCUUACCGUCAUCGUGAACGUUAUCGCGACCGUCGACCAAGACGGCAACACGGUUGGCGUAGAAACAGUAACGCCAACUUCGACAGGGACCUCAGCUGCGUCAAUUGCGUCUGCUCUAGCUGUACCAUCAGUGUCUUCAGUGGCUGUUCUUCCAUCAGUUCCCGCGGUGCCAGCUUUCCCCAGCGACCUCACCGUACCUGCCGUUCCCCCAUUUCCCUCGUUGUCUCUGCCCUCGGUACCGGCAUAUCCAUUCACUUCGACCGCGGAGUCUGCAGUAUCCGUCCAAGCCCAGGGCUCCCAGGUUGUCAUCUCAUCCCCUCCGUUGACGUUUUCGCCAGCGACAACCUCACUUCCAGGGACUAUAUCAAUUUCAAAUUCCGCGAACUCCUCCUCCUCCUCUUCUUCUUCUUCUUCUUCUUCUUUUUCCUCUACUGCUUCUUCUUCGGCAACAGUUGUGUCUGUUGCUGAUUUCUCCAGCUUUAGCGGAAACUCAAGCACCACCACCUUGUCCAGUACUAGUUUCUCUGUCGACUUGAAUAGUACAAUCUCAUCUACAUCUAGUCUCACAUCUACUUCUCAGAGCUCAUCUAGUCAAUCAUCAUCCCAGACGACAAGCACCACAGCGCAGGAAGUUUCAUCAACUACAACAUCAGCCUUCGGAGGCGGAGGCGGAGGCGGAGGCGGUGUAGGUCCGGGUGGCACAGGGACUGCCAGCAGCACGCCCACAGCAGCGGCAGGCAAUGGAGAAGGUGACAGCUCCAACAAAAGUACAAUUUCGACUCCGAAGGUGGUUGGUAGCGUUAUUGGCAGUCUCGCCGGCCUUGCCAUUCUGCUCAUAAUUGCCCUUUUCCUACUACGUCGAUACAAGCGAAAGCAGCAAGGAGCAAUUCAGCUAUCGACGACGAACGACACCACCGACACUGGACCCGUCGCCCUUGGUGGCCAGCCCAUGGCACAGCAAAACACCUUCAUGCCUGUCGCCGCAGCCUCCUUCCUCAGCCGCUUUUCUGGAUCCUCGAAGGGAACUGUUGAAACAGGUGGUGCUGGUCAAGAGCGAGGGUUCCAGAAAAUAUCAGGACGGAAACUUCCCUCGGCUUUCAGCGAAGGCAUGACUUCAGACGCGGUCCCUUUUGAUAGAUCUACUCUGUCAGGCUCGUCUUUCUACCGUGAUAGCCAAGGCUUUUAUGGCGGACCGGGUGUUCCCGUCGGGGCUGCAGCGGCGGGUGGUCUAGCUCACGAAGGUGGCAUUACGGAGGAGAAAAUGAUGCCAUCACCCGCUCGAACGCCUGUCAUCCAUCAUCCAGACGAGGACCCACCCUUCCGCGGCGAACCAUCAACAAGCCCACCACACUCACCUGUGCCACUACCUCUGGGCACUCUCGGUCGGAGUCAUCCCUCACACGAUGGUUCCAGGGCGUCGAAGUUUACAGAAGAAGUCUGA